AUGUGUCUACGCCUAGGCGGCUUGAGUGUGGGUGACUUCCGGAAGAUGCUGAUGAAGACGGGACUGGUGCAGGUGGUACUGGGUCACGUGAGCUUCAUCGCAGCUGCUCUGCUCCAUGGCACUGUGCUGCGCUAUGUGGCUACCCCCCAUGAUGCUGUGGCUCUUCAGUACUGCGUGGUCAACAUCCUCUCUGUGACCUCUGCCAUCAUGGUUAUCACCUCAGGCAUUGUCACCAUCGUGCUAUCUCGAUAUCUGCCCAGCAUCCCCCUGCGCUGGACAGUGUUCAGCUCAAGCGUGGUCUGUGCCCUCCUGUCACUGACCUGUGCCCUUGGCCUCUUGACCUCGAUCGCUGUAACCUUUGCCACCCAGGGCCGGGCACUGCUGGCCGCCUGCACCUUCGAAAAUCCUGAACUGCUGGUGCUCGCACCCAACUGUCCCUUUGACCCCACACGCAUUUAUAGCUCCAGCUUGUGCCUCUGGGGAAUCGCACUGGUGUUCUGUGUGGCAGAGAGUGUAUUUGCUGUACGCUGUGCCCAGCUUGCCCACCAACUGCUGGAACUGAGGCCCUGGUGGGGGAAAAGCAACCUCCACCCGAUUCAGGAGCGCCCAGAGCCCCUGGAGGGCCACGACCUGCUGAGCUGCACCAGCGCAGAGCCCCUGACCCUCUGA